AUGGGAGGGGAAAACGAACAAGUGAAAGAGGAGAGGGACAACCACGUGGGGAACGCAGCUGACGAAGUGAGUGAUAAGAAAAAGGAGAAAAAAGCGAAGAAGUUAGCAGAGAAAGAGAAGAAGCUAGCCAAGAAGGCAGAAAGGGAAAACCUAAAAAAUGAAGCCACGAAAGUUUUGGAGCACGUUUGUGAAGACAUAAAAAAGGAAAACUAUGGAUUUGUUAAAGUUAGCAAAAUGAAGGAAAAUAAAAACGACAUAAGGUUGUUCAAUUUGGAAGAAAUAUACCACACGGUGAUGAAGGUAGGAGGAAGUGAAACAUUCGAUAGUGGAAAGCGAGAAGACACAGCUAACCACUCUGUACUAGUUGCUUCAGGUGGAGAGGACUUACUCCAGAGUGAUAUCUGGGUUAGAGGAAGAAUCCAUGAUAUGAGGAGCAAAGGCUCGUUAGCCUUCAUCAUUUUGAGGCACAAACUGUACUCCAUGCAGUGUAUAUUAGACAUAAAACAUAACGACAAUGACAAGAACAUGAUGAAAUGGGUAAGUAACCUUCCACUGGAGUCCAUCGUAGACAUAAAUGGGAAGCUUAGCAAGCCGGAAAUACCAAUCGAUAGCACCAAUAUAAAGUACGAAGUACACAUAAAGAAGAUAUUUUGCAUAAGCAAGACAUCAAAGGAGUUUCCUUUUCUGUUAAAGGAUGCAAAUAUGAAAGAAACAAAUGAGGAAGGAAGCAUUAAGGUCAAUCAGGACAAUAGACUAAACAACAGAUGUAUCGACUUAAGGACCUAUGCCAACUACAGCAUCUUCUGUCUGCAGUCACAGAUCUGUACGAUUUUUAAGAACUUUUUGCUACAAAAUAAUUUCAUCGAAAUACAUACCCCGAAAUUGCUCGGAGAAAGCAGCGAAGGAGGAGCCAAUGCUUUUCAGAUUAACUACUUUAACCAGAAGGGCUUCCUAGCACAGUCCCCCCAAUUGUACAAGCAGAUGUGUAUUAACGCCGGAUUUGAUCGGGUAUUCGAAGUGGCCCCCGUUUUUCGAGCCGAAAAUAGCAACACGUAUAGACACCUCUGUGAGUAUGUCUCCCUAGACAUAGAGAUGACCUACAAGUAUGACUUUAUGGAGAAUGUCUUCUUCUACGAUUCAUUGUUCAAACAUAUUUUCACCGAGUUGACAAAAGGGGAAAGGAGCGAAAUGCAUAUUAAGACUGUAAAGGGGCAGUACCCAUGUGAAGAUUUCAAAUGGCUAGAGGUGACUCCAAUUUUUACUUACGAAGAGGCCAUCAAAAUGCUAAUACAACAUCAUAAACUUCAGUUAAAAGAGGAAGAAAUUCUAUCCUAUGAUAUGUCUACCGACAUGGAGAAGGAAUUGGGCAAACUUGUUAAGGCCUCUCACCACACGGAUUACUACAUCAUUAUUAAUUUCCCCUCAGCGCUGAGACCCUUUUAUACUAUGUACAAGGAAGACGAGCCCGCCAUCUCCAACUCGUAUGAUUUCUUUAUGAGGGGAGAGGAGAUUUUGUCUGGGUCCCAACGGAUUAGCGAUGUGAAUUUGUUGCUCGACAAUAUCAAGAGGUUUAAUUUGGACGCGAACAAACUGAACUUCUAUAUCGACUCGUUUGCCUACUCGUCGUACCCCCACUCGGGCUGCGGCAUUGGCCUCGAGCGCGUCCUCAUGCUUUUCCUGGGCCUCAACAACAUCCGCAAGACGUCGCUCUUCCCGCGGGACCCGAAGCGGCUCAUCCCGUGA